UGGGGGUUUAUGCUCCUCUCACCAGAAUCGAAUACAAUACAAUACAAUGGCUGCUUUUAGACUAUGUUCCGCGGCGGCGAUUGCUGCUGCUUUCUCCUUUUCUCCGAACCGAGCUUACGCUGACUCUCGAUUUCGCUUCCCCUUCUUCUCUUCUUCCUCCUCUACGCCGCCGUCGGAGUCUCAAACCGAUCAGAGUUCGUCGGAGACCAAACCGGAGGCUGAUGAACGUAAAGGAUCUGGUUUCGAUGCUGAGUCCUUUGAAAGAGGCGCUAAAGCUCUUCGAGAGAUCAAAUCCUCUCCUCAUUUCAAGCAGGUGUUCGAUGUAAUGUGUAAGCAGGAGAAGACUCGUUUGGCUGAACUAGCCGCUGAUAAGUCGCAUAAUGAAGCUGUUCAAGCGCACAAGGACAUCGAAAGACAGCAGAAAUUGGCUGAGGAUCAGAGGAAUCUAUUGCAGCAGCAGGCACAAGCAAAAGCGCAGAAUCUUCGCUAUGAAGAUGAGUUGGCGAGGAAGCGACUUCAGACGGAUCAUGAAGUCCAGAGACAGCAUAAUGUUGAGUUGGUAAAGAUGCAAGAGGAAUCUUCUAUACGGAAAGAGAAAGCAAGAAUCGCCACGGAAGAACAGAUUCAAGCGCAGCAGCGUCAGACUGAGAAAGAGAGAGCUGAGCUUGAGCGUGAAACCAUUCGCGUCAAAGCCAUGGCUGAGGCUGAAGGCCGAGCUCACGAAGCCAAACUUACUGAGGAGCAGAAUCGGAGAAUGCUCCUUGAUAAGAUCAAUGGUGAAAGGGAGAAAUGGCUUGCAGCUAUCAACACCACCUUCAGUCACAUUGAAGGGGGAGUCAAGGCCUUAUUAACUGACCGAAAUAAGCUGAUUAUGACUGUUGCAGGAGCUACAGCUUUAGCCGCUGGGGUUUACACAACCCGAGAGGGUGCUAGGGUUACAUGGGGUUAUAUUAACCGGAUACUUGGACAGCCGUCACUUAUCCGAGAAUCCUCCAUGGGUAGAUUUCCAUGGGCAGGCUCAGUGUCUCAGUAUAAGAACAAAAUCUCAAAGUUUGGUAAAGCUGCAUCUGCAAAAGGAGAGAAUCCACUGGAUAAUGUUAUUCUCCAUCCUUCUCUAAAGAAGAGAAUUGAACAUCUUGCUAGAGCGACAGCAAAUACUAAGUCUCAUCAAGCUCCAUUCCGCAACAUGAUGUUUUAUGGUCCUCCUGGUACUGGUAAAACAAUGGUGGCCAGAGAGAUUGCUCGGAAGUCGGGUCUUGAUUAUGCUAUGAUGACAGGAGGAGAUGUCGCUCCACUGGGUGCACAGGCUGUUACAAAAAUCCAUGAGAUAUUUGAUUGGGCUAAGAAAUCAAACAAAGGCUUAUUGCUUUUCAUCGAUGAAGCUGAUGCUUUCCUCUGCGAACGUAACAGCACGUAUAUGAGCGAGGCUCAGCGUAGCGCUCUGAACGCAUUGCUCUUUAGAACGGGUGAUCAGUCACGGGACAUAGUUCUGGUCCUGGCCACAAACAGACCCGGUGAUCUCGACAGUGCAGUCACUGACAGGAUCGACGAAGUUAUCGAGUUUCCUCUCCCUGGUGAAGAUGAACGCUUCAAGCUCAUUAAACUCUAUCUCAACAAGUACCUAACGGGUGAAGGGAGUGACAAAGACACAAACACGAAGUGGAGCCACUUUUUCAAGAAGCAGGCACAGAAGAUAACCGUUGAAGGAGACUUAACCGACCAAGUGAUUAGAGAGGCUGCGAAAAAGAUAGAAGGAUUCUCUGGUCGUGAGAUUGCUAAGCUUGUCGCUGGUGUUCAAGCUGCGGUGUACGGAAGACCAGAUUGCGUCUUGGAUUCACAGCUUUUUGAAGAGAUUGUGGAUUACAAAAUUCAAGAACACCACCAGAGAGCCAGACUUGCGACUGAAGGUGGCCAAUCGUUUCUGUACGCGUAGUCACUGCGCUUCUGUAUGUAUGGUUUGUUUCUUAACCAUAGUUUUGAUUUUUUUUCUUUUUUUUUUAAAUUGAAACACCGAAAUUUUCAUAUUCGGUUAAGUUGGAAUUGGUCAGAUUUUUAAGUUUUAAUCUAAAAUAAACCGGUUAUAACCGCGUGA